AUGGGCUUUUUCACGCGAUUACAAUUUCAUGAACCAACAUGUAUAAGUUCGUUAACCGUUCACUGUCUUAAACCACUAACCGGAGCUGAAGAGAUAGAUAUCUUAUUUUCUGAGUGUGAACAUGGCCACUGGAAAGUGAUGCAUUACACCAACACAAAGGAGAAAUUUCUAUUGAAAACGGAGGUUGUCGCGCGACAAUUAUCGAUUUCAAGUCCUAUUGUGCUUUCAAUCAUUGAUUGUACAGUGAUGCUUGUCGCCCGUCACGUGUGCACCCAAGACGCCACGGCAAACAACCUGCCCCUCUUCAUGUCAGAGAGCCUGAGAGGACCAGGCGGAAACGAUCUAUCCAAUAUAUACUGCCGGACGUUUAUCGAAACGAAUCGUCUCCGUACGAAAGAUUCCACUGAUGUUGUGAUCCCGGUCAAUCGGACAGUUACCAUUCGACCUGGUGUCGUGCUACGAUUCGCAGACGGUGCAGGUUUCACAGUAUAUGCAACCACUCCUUCGAUGUUCAAGUUCGCGAACAUCACUGGAAGUUUGUUAGGUAUCUCUGUCAGAAGCGGUAUUCCGCCAUCAGUCGAUAACGUCAUAUCUUCAUCGAACGAUUAUGGAUUCGAUUUUCAGACCCCCGUCAGCGUUCGAAUAGUCAACUCCUCAGCACUGAACAACGAGAAGACCGGUUUUCGGAUAUCCUCCAAGGUAUUCGCCCGCUCUGAUCGUCCGUGA